AGGACCCGGGCUGUAGCGGCGGCCGCAGCCGUGGGCCCGGCCCGGCCCGGCAGGAAAUGGCAGCGCUAGGCAGAUCCUGCCAGGGCAUCCCGGCGGGCCCGGCCGUGGAGCUCCCCACGGCGCCGGCCGCUACCCCGGACCGCCACGGCCCGCAGCCCUUAGCCGGCGGCCACGGCCGACUGCAGCCACCCGGGAUGGUCAUGGCAGGGAUCGGAAACGACGGCGUCGACGGAUCCUCCGGCCUCUGUCUGCAGAGCAGCUUCGACCUGGCCUCCCUGGCCGCACUCGGCAGCCACCACGAGGGGCUGACGGUGGCCCCGGUGAGCUCCUUCACCAGGAGCCGCAGCCAUGUCUCUGUGCGAUGUGGAAAGAAGCAUAAGCUAGAAGAAGAGGCAGAAGGCUGUCCUGUGCGGAAGAAGAGACUGACAGGAGCCAAAAAUUGCCCUUUGAAUCCCAGCACUGAAGAAUGGAUUCUUUGUGCAGGUCAGCAGGCAGCUGGGGAGGUAGCAAGUCAGUAUGGUGGCAGCGGUCCUGAAACUGCCAUGUUAGAAAUUCCCUGUGAAGAAAUGGAUCAGACAAUGGGGGAACAGCAAUGCGAGGUUGCUCGCAGGAAACUUCAGGAAAUUGAGGACAGGAUAAUUGAUGAAGAUGAGGAAGUUCAUGCUGAUGGAAAUGUUAGCAAUCUGCCCACUCUUAUCCUGUCAGAUACCCUUAAGAAAGGGAUGAAGAGGGAUUUUGGUGAAGUCCUGACAAAGAAAAUAAUAGAAUCUAUGAGCCGUCCUUCUAUGGAGCUGGUGCUUUGGAAACCUCUUCCUGAAUUCAUGACAGAUAAAUUGAAGUCUGUUUCUGUUAAGAACUUCAAGCAGCAAAGUACAGAAGUGUGUCAAGCUAAGCAGCCAACACCAAGAGCUCCUUUUGACCCACAGACUGAAACGUUCCCUGCAUCACAACAGACUGCCAUGUCUCCAGAUCCAUAUGCUAGUUUGGGAAUAUCUGGGUGUGCAGAAGAAGAAAUGGAAUUGUAGAUGCCAGAUUUUAGACUGGAAGUGGUGAGCUUCUGAUGCUUAUUGUUGAUGGGGUUUUUUGUUGUUGUUGUUUUUUUUUUUUUUCUGGUUUGAUGUGUGAUCCUGAAGUUAUAUUACUUGUUUUUUGUUCUUACUAACAACCAUAAGCACACCACAAUCAUUGGUUGGCCAGGAAACACCCUAAGAUUUCUGUGUUCCUAUCUGUUAAAUAUUCUUACUUUUACUCAAAAGGUAAUUCAGAGGCCUUUGGAACAAGGAAGUAGCUUUCCAUCUUGCUUAAUGGUGAAAUAUCCUCUUAAUUGUCCUUGGUAAAAUAUAAAAUCCAAAUACUGAAUGUAACUGUGGCUUAAGCCACACCUUUCUCUUACUGAGCCAUUGAAACUGGUGCACAUACUAUGCUUGGCCAUUUGGUUUAAUUUGAAUUACAAAAUGUAGAGGAAUAAAUACCUUCAAAUCUGGUGACUGACAGAAAAGCAACCCCUCUGGUAAUACAGCUUUUCACACCAUCUUAUCUGUUUGGACUUGAUGUAAACUCACAUGUAGAAAUUAUACAAUCCUUGGGGUGGUGGGGAAGGAAUACUACAGCUGAGCUGAAGUCUUUUGCUUUGUAGAAAGUAAAACCAGCAUUUAUAAUUUGCAGGAUACCUGCUAACUUCAGUCAUCUUUGGUUCAUUGGCUUUUAAAUUUUAUUUGUGGGUUUUUGAUGUUCCCCUCCCCAAACAAUGCAAAGUUUGGAGAAAAGUGCUUCUCAGCAAAGAGAUUCACAUUUUACAUUUAAGAUUCUUUGUAUGCAUGGAUUUGGAAAGUCAGUUGAAGACAGUGUAACUUCUGAUGAGUGGCAUCCAUUAAUUUGGAUAAACAGGGUAAGUAAAUCAGAUAACAGGGAGCUGCUUGCUGCCAUUAGGAGGGUCAGAUGCUGGAUUAUUGUCUGUACCCAAGUCCCAGCCUUUACGUAGUGAAGUAAAGGAGAUGCCUGUCUUUAUCCUGAGAGAAUCUAUAGACAUAAAAUUUAAGCCACAGUAUGUGCCAAUAACAUAGCAUCUAAUUGCUUAUACAGAUGUAUGCCAAAAGAAUUUUCUACCCUGCACAGGGUGCCAAGGAAAGGAAUCCACAAUAAGCUAUUGCUUGUACAUUUUCUCAAUGCACAGCAGUUCCUUAUGCUUAAGGUUCUCUAACUUGUUUAAGGUUUUUAUCUUUUGUUCAUAAGUCCUUCAGCUUUCUCAGAGAUACCUGAAUUCAAGCUUUUCAUAAGAAACCCCUUUCCCAGUAACAGGUUCUGUUCAGAGUCCUCCAUCCCAAUCUGGUUUUGACAUCUUGCUGACAUAAAGGAGCAAGUACAAAGUAACACAGCUGCUCAUGUAAGAAAAUCUACUCUUCUUCUGCAAGUUAAGAGAUAAUCCUUCUGAUAAUAUUCUUUACUGUUGAAUAACCCAUAGCUGAAAGUUUAAAAUCAAGCUUCUGUUUCUGCAGUCAUGCUUCAUUUCCUUUUGGUUGUUCAAGAUGCCUGUUUGUUAAACCCUGUUUAUCUUGCUGCUUUUGUUGAAGGUUGUCUAAAAGUUUCUGUCUCUUGAUAAAACAUUUCAGAGCUUCACUAGAAACACUCCAGCACUUGAUUAGGUUUACUCUGGAAACCAGUAUACACCUAUACCAUUCUGGAAGGUUCAUUAAGUUGAAGAACAGGUGCAGCCUAUCUUGCUAUAAUGCCUAAUUUCAUUUCAGGGUCUGCUAUGAAGCUCUUGCAUGAACUGUGUAAUAUUUCUUACGUGUUAUUAAGCUGCUGAAGGUGUUUAAAACCUACAGCCUUUGAUGUGCUCCAGUGGUUGAGUAGAACAUAAAGCAGUGCAGUUUGGAGAAGGCUGUAGUCACUGCAGGUAGAAAAUGUGGUGCCUCCAAGUAAAUAACUGCUUUUCAGCUUGCUGGAUUAUAGUGAAAGUUCAGAGUUGGAAGUAUUUCAGGGGAAAGCUCUGAAUCCUAAAUAAACUGAAAAGAAAGGAUGAAAAUUUCAAAAAUGUGAUGAAACCAUCUCAGCAACACUGAAGUUGCAAUAGAAGAUGCAAAAAAACUGUAGGAGGCCUAAAUAUAUGAAAUGUUGCAGUUGUUUUCCUCUUAAAAAACACCAAAUUGCAUAUCAGAUUUGCAGAACAAGAAGCUGCUGUAGAUGGCUUUUAAGCAUACUUUUUUCCCUGCUAGGUUUGUACCAAAGGUUGACUUUCAGAGGUGUCUUUCCUCUUAAUUCAAUGCCAGUAGGGCAUCACUGAUCUGUUACCUGCCAUCUAAAACAGUAUAGUGGUAGACUGUUGACAAAGACUAUGAGAUGGAGAAAGAGUUGUCUUAAGAAUUUUGCUUUGAUAGAAAACAUUUGCUUUCAUUUUUUCACAAUGCAUUUCUGCCCUUGAGAUAGGAGACAGUGGGUUUGAAUUGCUUAAAUUGAUAAAAAGAGUGGGCUAGAGUGGGAACCAAGUGACAGGAGCACUGAGCUACAGCAAUCACUUGGAGAGGGUGACUGGAUGAGAGAUCAAGCUGUGGGCAUUUACAGACUUCUGUAUUUAUGGGUUUUAUUUGUUGUUGUCAUUAAAAGAUUUUUAUUAAUGCUGUUCACAGAUGGGAUGGUAAAUGCAAUGCAGUAUUAGGGAAAACCUUAUUUUGAAAUAUGGAAGAUCUGAUUCUGGUCUGUCUUCUCUUGGGACCAAAUCACCCUUUGUAUGUCAGUUUUCAAUAAAUUUUCUAAAAUAUUUUUUAGAUGACUGUUUCAUUCGUGGUAAGAGUGAAAAAACCUUGGGACACUAUCUACAGUCCUUCAGCUGGACAGUAAAGUACUCUUCUGGCUUAAGAAGACUUGAAUUUAACUAUGUUAUGGCAAAGACAUGCCCCUUUUUUCUUCCACAGUAUUCAGCAGGACAAGGGAAGGCAACAGCAGGGUAGAAUAAUAAACCUGAAGCUGCCAGGAAAGAAGAGCAAUAGGGCUACCAGUAGCUGUUGCUAUAGUUUGUGUUUUCAGAUGUUUUAUUUUACUUCAGAGUAAAACUAUUCAGCACUAAGCAAGCUAGGUGUUCUUGAAGUUAAGGGAAGUUUGAGUAAAGUUUUAAAUUCAGAGUUUAAUAAUUUUGUUGGAAUGUAAGAUUUUUCUUUUUUGUGUACCAUCAUAGUGGACUUGAUUCCGGUAGAAAAUUGUAGUAGGCCUCUAGCUGCCAAACAAGAACUCUUGGUGUUUUUAGUGGAAGACAUCUAAGGAACUAUUAACAGCUUGUUGUGGGACAUAGUGCUUGCAGUAAGUCAGGAUAAAGCAUGCCAGGAUAGAGCUGUUAAAUUGAAAAAGGGACGCAAAACAAUGUAAAGACCCUGUCCUUGAACAUUUCUGUCUCCUGUGCUUAACAAGGUUGAAAUGUUAAGCACAUCCCAUGUCCUCCUGUGAUGGAAAGGUUUUACCACACUUUCCUUGAAGUUUUUAGAUGUUGAAAUGGCUUGCUCAUGGUUUCCAGGAGGGGGUGGGGCUCUGUAAAAGGGUGCUAACAAAAUGUAAUGCACAACUACAGAUCAAAUCCUCACUUUUUUUUUUUUUUGGACUCGCAACAAUUUAUUUGAUACUCUUGCAGUCAUCCCUGUUUACCACCUUGAAAGUAAAGCAACUUACUCUUCUGGCUACUUGAAUUUUCAAUCCAAAUUUGUUAUACUGUGCAGCUGUAGUCUUCACUUCUACCCACUUUUCAGGUAGAAGCCUUCAUUAUAAGCUAGGUUAAUCAAGCUUGUCAUCCAAAGCACUCCUGUCACCUGGAAUGUUACUGACAGAAACAUCUCUAGUUUUCUUUCCUCUCCACCCAAGUUAUUCUUGUCAAAAUAGAAUGCAAAACAUGACAGUACUGAAACCAAGAACAGCUGUGCCAACACCUGCAACAGCUCUCAUUUUCAGUAUAAAAUUUCUUCUGUUUCUCCAAGUGUUUUUAACAUUGUGAUAAAUACUGCAGCAAAUGGAUGUGGACAAUGAGAAGUCCUGCUGUGGUAUUUAAAAUUGGCUCCUGCCUGCCAAGGCCAUUUGGAUUUCCUGUGGGAAUAAAGAAUCUGCAACUGUUUUCA